AUGCCUUUAACUAAAGAUGAGCACGCCGAGCACUAUUUGCAUAAAGUCUCUGUGCUGGAGAAUUCCGGAGAGUUCUCAAACAUUGUCAAAAUGUUCAACAAGACGGUCUCUGGGCACGUGGUAAAGAAGCUGUGGCGUGUUCAGAACCCCUCGCUCUGGCAGAUCUAUCAGUGGCAGAAGGAUCAGAUGAAGAAGAAGAAUUCUGGUAUCGAAGUGGAUGAGCGCCAGCUGUUCCACGGGACGGACAAUGCCAACAUCGAUGCCAUCUGCAGGGACAACUUUGACUGGCGUAUCUGCGGCACUAACGGCACUGUGUAUGGACAAGGAAGUUAUUUCGCCAGGGAUGCGUCCUACUCCCACAACUACACCUCGAAGAACAACUCUGUGGUGGCACGGACCAUGUUUGUGGCUCGUGUGCUGGUCGGUGACUUUGUCGUAGGGGAUUCCAGUAUGAGACGCCCUCCUCUGAAACGCAAUGGAACCCAGAUCUACGAUUCCUGCGUGGACAACAUCCGGGAUCCGUCCAUCUUCGUGGUGUUCGAGAAACUCCAAAUCUACCCGGAGUACAUCCUGGAGUACGAGGAGGAGAAGAAAUCUUCUUGCGUCAUUAGCUGAG